AUGUGGAGAUCGAGUUUCAGAAGGCUCUAUCAUGAUUCGGACCAAACCCUCAACUUUAGGACCGGACCCCGCUACAACAAUUCAGUUGUUGGCGGAGGAGGACUCAAUUAUGCUCCCAGUCACCACCGGCGCUCCUCUGCUGGAGGAGGUGGUGCUGAAGGAACCAGUUAUAGGAUUUUGUGUCAAGAAGUUAAAGUAGGAAGUGUGAUUGGGAGGUCUGGGAGAGUAAUUAAUGCCAUUGAGCGCACAGGGGCCAGGAUCAAUGUUCAUGAGUUGAUUCCGGGGGAUGAAGAGAGGGUUAUUGAGAUUUUUGAUAACCGAAGGCAGGACCUUUACAGAGGUGAACCAGAGUUUUACCCUACUCAGGAGGCAUUGAUCUUGAUACAUGACCGGAUUUUGGAGAUUGACGUGUGUAAUGUAGGGUUUGGGGAUCAUGUAAACACAGAGUUUGAGCCUCAGGGCGGUGGUGGGAAUGGUAACAGGGUGAUAACAAGGCUGGUGGUGCCGCGAAUGCACGUGGGGAGUUUGCUAGGGAGGGGAGGGACGAUAAUGGAACGAAUGAAGAUAGAGACUCAUACCCAUAUCAGGGUUUUACCCACAUAUCCCCAUUCGCCACGUUGUGUGGCAACAUCGGAAGAGAUUGUUCAGGUUGUUGGUGAUAAGAAUGCUGUGAAACAUGCUAUAGGAAUAAUAUCCACGUGCUUGAGAGAGAGCCAACAUCAUUAUGGAAACCAUUUCCAUAAUCGGCUAAAUUCACCUCUGCGUUUAUCCCCUACCAAUGAUGCAUUAAUUCCACACACGAAUAGUAGGGCAAGAAGAUCAUCUGUUGAAGGACCUAAUCUUGGUUCAGAGUUCUCAUCUGGUUCCAAGAGCAAUAUUACAUUAUCCCAUUCAUCUGGAGAUGCCUAUGAAUCUGGACCUGCUCUAGCUCAAAAUGCACACUCGUUUUCUGGUGAGGGCAUAGUGUUUCGUAUACUUUGCCCAGCUGACAAGGUUGAUACUAUUGCUGGAGAGUCAGAUGGGAUUGUUGAUUUGCUUCGAAAUAAAGUCGGUGUUGAUGUUAAGGUUUCUGAUCCAGUUGAUGGCACAGAUGAGCAUGUAAUUAUUAUUUCAUCUGAUGAGGAUCUUGAUGAUGCGAUGUUUCCUGCUCAAGAAGCUUUGAUGCAUAUUCAGACCUGUAUUGUUGAUAUUGUUCAAGGAAAAGAAAAUUUUAUUAUUACCCGUUUACUUCUGCAAUCAGAUGAAGCUGGAUGCUUACAGUUAAAAGAUGGAAUGUUAUCUGCGAUGAGGAAAAUAACAGGUGCAAACAUACAGAUCCUGCCUAAAGAAGACGUUCCACUAGGUAUAUCAGGGUCCUACGAGAUUGUACAGGAGUUGCUUAAAAAGGAUCUAGCACCACCUUCUGUUUCAUCUACUAGUCCUAUGACGGGUAUUGUGAAACCUGAGGCUGAGUCUAGAAAAAAAAUAACUUCUCUAGAAACACAUGCCGGAAACAAUCUGGUCAUUUCUAUUAAGCAGAAUAUAACAACUGCAGAAGCGGCUCAGCAAGUGAAAGACGUGAGGGGAUUCAGGAAUACAAUAGUGAAUCUAAAUAACAGCAAGUUUCAUGGAGAUACACCGAUUGCAUUGAAUAGUCUCUCAGUGCCAGCUGUCAAUGAAAGUUUGCUGGAAGUUGUCAUACCAACAAGUGUGGCAUCUAAGCUUGUUGCAGAAUCAAGCAACAAGUUCACUUUGAUCAGUCAUCUAUCUGGAGCAGAUGUUGAACUGAUUGAAGAUAGACCUGAGGUAACAGGGAAGAUUGUUCAAAUUACGGGGGAUACUACAGAGCAAACCGAGAGAGCACACAUCUUGCUUCAAGGAUUUAUUUCGAAUGUCCUUCAGAUUACUGUAUUCUACUCCACUAUCCAGGCAGGCAUGGACAGCCCUGUUAAACUAAUGAGGUUGGGGAAAAAGGAUACCAGUCCGCCAUCGCCACAGCGGUCGCCACCACUUCCACCUCCGCUAGUCUUUGGUACAUUCGAAAUAGGAGUUUACAUACACACACAUAUGGCUAAUUUACAAAAGCUUGAAGUAAUUCUCACAACGACUAUAGAUAAGCUAGGAAAAGCUGGUGAAUCGGUCAGGGUGGCACCAGGAUAUUUUCGGAACCAUUUGAUGCCCAAGUUGUUUGCCUUCCCGACUAUUGAUAAGUUUGCACGUCUCGUUAGUGAGCAGCGCAAGAUGUACCAACCCAAGGAUGUUGAAGAGGUUAAAGAAGUUUCAAAGACAGAGGAAGACCGGAUGAAAGAAUAUCAGUUAGCAGCGAAUCGCCUUGAUAGUGCAAGGCUGAGUCUAAGAAGGUUUAUCAUAGAAGGAAAGGGUAAUGAAUUGCGUCAUCCCGUGACGAAAGAAGAAAUAUUAGCCGAGGUUACUAGGCAGCUUCAAGUGCACAUUGAACCUGAAAAUUUGCAAUUGCCGACUCCUUUAUCUUCUUUAGGAGAAUACGAGGUGCCAAUUCACCUACCGAAGUCCGUUCCUAAUCCACAAGGAAAAGUUCAGUGGACUCUCAGCGUCAAAGUUAGGAAACGGUAA